CGCUUCGUAAAAUGCCGAAGAAACUAAGUUUGGCCGAAGAAAUAGCUCGACUGAGCAAUCCUCAGCCGGAGUUUAAUGAUCCGGAAGAGUUUGGUGAUAAUGAAACUGCUGCCAAAGUUAUUGAUGAGUUUAGUGAUGAUGAGAUAAAUGUUCCAGUCCAAGUGAGUUCAUUGAGGAGGAGAACAGCUGCCUUACUCUCAGACCAUGAUAAGAAAUAUGCUGGUAGGACUGUCUCUAGAAAAUCACUCCACAAAGAUGAUGAUGAUGACGACGACGAUGAUGAUGAUGAUGAAGACAACGACGACGAUGAUGAUGAUGAUGAUGAAAUUAAGGAGGAAGAAAGUGAAGAGAAUGAUAGUGAUAUGGAUGAUGACAAGUACACAGAUAGUGAUGACAUCAUUGAAGAUGAUGCUAAAAUCACAGAUGUUGAAGGAAGCAAACAGAAGUUUAAAUUUGACGGUGAUUUCAGUCGAUUUGCUGAUGAUGAUUUUGAUGAAGAAGAUCAGUCUGGAGACGAAUCAGAAGAAAAUGAUAUUUCUGAUUCCAUUGAAACAGAAGAUGAAACUGACAUGGAUGAUGACAUCAACGAUGUGAAAAGUAUUUCAAAAACUGAUGUCACAGAAGAAGUAGCAAAAGGGAAAGCUGCAAAAGACCAACUUUUAUUAUGGGAUAGUUUAUUGGAAGGUAGGAUCCGUCUGCAAAAAGCUCGUUCUAUCAAUCAGUUGCCACAACAUGAUACACAUCAACAAUUCAUGACAGCUGGAGGUCAGGAGUACCGGGAUGCCAACAAAAAAGCAAGGAAAGAAUUAAAAAUACUUCUGACAAAACUAUUAGAACUGCAGCAGGAAUUACUACUGCAAAACCCGGAGACUGCACAUGUGGUUGGAGGAAACAAAAAACAAACAGAAACGCAAAAUAAUGAUAGUAAUGAAGAAAUAACCAGUGAUGAAAGUGGGGAUGAGGAACAGGAAAGAAAACCACAGACGUCUCAAGUAAACAGGAAACGCAAGCUGGAUAUUACAGAUUAUGACGAGUUCAUUUCAAAACGACAUAAAGACUUCCAAAAAUAUCAGAAUAAUACGAUACAGAAAUGGAACGACAAAACUAAAUUAGUUUCCGGAAAAUUCAACAGUAAGGCAUUUAGUUCAUUCGACCGUUCAGCGAUUACUCAAAUCAAGCACAUCCUGAGUGAUAAAGAAAGAUUAGUUAAGAGAACGCAAUUGAAAAGGUCAGUUUAUAAAGUACUUGGUAAACCUGAGACAGUGGAAGAGGAAAAUGAAAAAGAAGAAGCCAAUGAAGAGGAAGUACUUCCAACUACUGAUUCACAUCUUAAAAACUAUGACGAAGAGAUUUUUGAUGAUGACGACUUUUAUCACCAGCUUCUGAGAGAGUUGAUUGAAAAACGUACCAUGGGUUCAUCAGAUCCAAUUGCAAUGGGAAGACAAUGGUUACAAAUUCAGAGAUUAAGAAGUAAAAUUAAAAAACAUGUGGAUACAAGAGCAAGUAAAGGAAGAAAAAUAAGAUAUGAUGUCCAUCAGAAGAUGAUCAGCUUUAUGGCUCCAGUAGACAGAUCUAACAUGGCAGAUGAAUCAAGGACUGAGUUGUUCCAUUCAUUGUUUGGAAAAAAAUCAUCAUCAGUUGAAGAAGAUCUCAGAUAAUGAAGUCAUGAUGAUUAACAAAUUAAAUUUGAAAUAAUUUGAAUAAAAAAAAAUGCCU